AAAAAACGGAUUUGUUUGAAUUUAAGUAGGUAGAAGAAGAAGAGGAAGCGGAUACCCGGAAGACAGUCUGAAGGUCUUAUGUUUUGAGUUUAGGUAAUGCUGGAUAAGAAUUUAACGGGGAAAUGGGUGUUAAAAUAGAGAUUUUCAGAAUGAUGCUCUAUUUGUCUUUUCCCGUUACCAUGUUUUGGAUCUCAAACCAGGCAGAGUACUUCGAGGCGUAUAUUGUUAAGAGAAAGAGAGAAAUCUUCCCCCCCGACGAAGAAUUACAGAGGAAGGAGUUGGAAAACUUUAAAGAGCGGAUGCGCAUUCGAAAGGAGCAACAGUUAUUAAAAGAAAUUACUGAGAACUGAAGGUUUUUUGUUUUGGCAAAAUGUUUGUAUGUUCAAUAUAAAUUAAUACCUUGUAUUAAUUGUUAGGGAAAAGAGAGUCCUUCGAUCUGGAAUAGGACCACCGUACAACAGAAAGAUAUGCAAGGUUAAUCGAUUUUUAAGGUGUGCUUGGCAAUUUUCAAGGAUUAAUUAUACCCAAUAUGCCUGAUGUUAAAUUUAUUCAUGACACAUUUCUAUACCAGAUUUAUUAAAUUUUGGUAUUGUUUUCUUUCUUUGAGUAUCUGUGAUACACCCUAUGUUCUACAUUAAAGUUUAUUUUUUUGUAACUUCAAUUUAUUUUGUAAAGGGUAAUGAGUGUAAAAAUACUUAAAAAAUCUGGAUGUAUAUUCUCAAUUUUGUUACUCCUACGAGGUAUGAUCAAACAUUUAUCAAGAGCAGGAAAAACAAAUGUGUACGAAUCUGUUGUAUUUAUUUUCAGAACUAAACAUUUAAGUGUAUACUGAUUCACACUAUUGUUAAACCAGUUAUUAGCAGAGCUCAUGGGAUCAUUUAUUUUCUUGAAAAUCAUAACUUUUUAGAAGUGCUGUAGUUUUCUGUGUAUUUUGUCACAAAAAGUAAUGGAACUCAUUUAUUUGAAGUUCAAAUUCACCAACAAAAUGCAUUGCGCAUGGA